AUGUCAGAGGACUCAUAAUAUUCUGAUCUUCCUGGUGGUUGGAUUAGCUGGUUUUGUGCUCUUGAGGAUCACUAAUUUUUAUGUGAAGUUGAUGAUGAUUACAUCAGAGAUAACUUUAAUCUUUAUGGAAUUAAGCAAAAGUUCAAUCACUACAACGAUACUAUUGAAAUGAUUUUAUCCAGUGAAAGUCCCGAUGAUGAUGAUCUUGAAGAUGAAAGAUUUUUAGAAAUCUACUAGGAAGCAACUGACGUUUAUGGUUUAAUUCACGCUCGUUUCAUUACUUCCCCAAAAGGAUUAGCUUUAAUGAGAGAAAAGUUCUUGUUGGGCCGUUUCGGAGUUUGUCCUAGAGUACUUUGUGAAAGACAAAAUGUCUUACCUGUUGGUAUGAGUGAAGAGCUUAGAACAUCCAGAGUCAAAGUUUAUUGCCCUCGUUGUGAAGAUGUAUAUAUUCCUAAGAAAAAAUGUCCUGAUAUCGAUGGAUGUUAUUUCGGUGUUUCCUUCCCUCAAAUCCUUCUUAUGACAUACCCUGAUUUAGUCCCAUCAAGAAACAAUUCCACUUAUAUUCCUAGAAUUUACGGUUUCAGAAUAUACAAGAAAAAGGGAUCUAAGUUCCUUGAAGAAGAAAACCCUUUGGUAGAAGUAACACAUUAUAGUGAAGAGCUAUUAAGACAAAUAAGGGGAAAAGUUGAUAAAAAAAAUGAAGAAAAGAAAGCAUUAACCAACUCAACAACUGCUUAGAGUUACGGAAAUACCUAAAAUAAUAACGCCAAUCAAAUGAAUAACUGA